CCUAACAACAUGGCUGAGACAGGAAACUACCAACCUCUCCGUGGUGGCUACAACAACCAACUCUAUAACUCAACUGCUCAACAGCAAUCUUCAGCCAAGUCAACUCAGCUUGCUAAGGCUGCCACUGCCAUCACUGCAGGCGGAUCACUCUUGAUCCUCUCUGCUUUGGUGACGACCGGCACAGUUAUCGGUCUGACCAUUGUCACGCCAUUGUUCGUGAUAUUCAGUCCGGUACUAGUGCCGACCGUGAUCACGGUGGCACUAUUGACCUUGGGAUUUUUGGCUUCCGGUGGAUUCGGUGUGGCAGCGAUCACGGUGUUAGCGUGGAUCUACAAGUAUGUUACUGGUAAUCAUCCACCUGGCGCUGAUCAAUUGGACACAGCGCGUCAUAGGUUGAUUAACAAAGCGCGUGAGCUUAAGGAUUACAGUCAGCAGCAAAUUAGUGGGGCACAGAGUUCUUAAGUCUGCACUUGCAUGCAGUGGAUUCUCUCUCUCUCUCUCUAAACCUUUGUUAUUAUUCUCUUUUAGUUUUUGUUGUAAUUUUCGUUUAAUGUUGGUCACCUCACCUCUUCUUGUAUCUUCCAAAAAAUUGUAGCUGAGAGUAUUGAACAAAAUUGUGUUUUUGUUUGUUUGUAAUUUCAUUUUAAUGAUUCUUAUGUAGUCCUUAUUUAUGU